ACGUUUUUCUUUUGUAAGAAAUUUUGUUAUUUAUUUGCACUUUGUUUUGUGCAUUCUCUACUUUCAUUCGAAAGUCCAUUCAUCUUGUAAGAAUGGCUGACAAAUAUUGGUGCGAUAUAGUUUUGAAAAUCAGCUGUAAACGAAACAUAAAUCAAUAUUGUGAAAUAAGUUGAGAACACUGAAGAAAACAUUAUAACACGCAUUUUAAAAUUGUAUAUAAUGAUAGUGAAAUGAUGCAAAUUUUUUAAAAUGGGGUCUCAAACCGUCGAAAUAUUACGUCAAGGUGUUUGGGCAUCAUUAACUGGAGGCUGGUUCUAUGACCCCCACCAAAAUAUCUUUUGCAAUGCAAUACAUUUGUAUUUAUUCCUUUUCUUACUGUGUACGCCAUUUGUUACAUAUCUCUAUUUCUUAAAAACGUUUGCAUCAUGGAGUGUUUAUUGUUUUUCUGCGGCAACAACAAUAAUUACAGUCAAACUCAUCAAUCUAAUAUUGCAUACAAUGUACGAUCAAGCUCAAAUCGUCUCUGAAAAUAGUUCGAAUAAGCCUAUAAAAGUACCACAAGAAAUAUCUGGAACUGAUGAUGGCGGAAUCGAAAUGCAAAUUUUGGCUCCACAUGCCAUCAAAGAUCCAACUUCAAUAGCAAAUAGCAACAGUAAUAAUAACAAUAUUAGUAGCACCAAUAACAACAGCAACGAAAUGAGUCAAGCGAACAGUGUAAUUUCAAUCGAUUAUCCAGUUGAACAAAUAACAAGCACAAUAGAUUUGAAAGUUGAUGUCCAUCGCAAAAAUAGUUCCGAAUCAUCAGAUAGUUUGACAGACGUACCAUCAUUAAAUAUUGGUAGUGAGAUAUCAGAUCGAAGAUCAAUAAUGAAGACCAAAUCUAAAUCAGAAGAUACAUCUACAAUGAUUUCAGUAGAUGCAAACAAAGAACUUCGUCUCGUUGAUGAAGGUGAUUUAUUGUCUCGAUCCGAAGAGAGACGAGAUAAAUUUUUUGAUACUGAUGGUAUGGGAUUGAACCGUAUUAAUGAAAGUAAACGACGAACACGAUGUAAAUUACAAAGACAAACAUCUCUUGAUUCGAGCGGAGCAGAUUUGAACAGUUUUCCAGUGCGUAGACCUGUAUCAUCAAAUUAUUUGCAUAGACAACAACAUCAUGGUAGUGGAUUCUACCAUCCAAAUCAUUUGUCAUCUCUGGCUCCCGAAAUAUAUUUGGAGCCCCAUUUUACAACAAAAUCAGAGAUGGCCAUUGAACGAUUUGUGGUGAGUUCGAAAAAAACUCCUAUGCGAAAAGAUUCAACUUCAACAAUGUCAGCCAUUCAAUUGCCCACAAAUUCCGGUCCAUCAUCUUCAGUAACAACACGACAACGUCGAUAUUCUAAUACAACGGCAAAAACACAACAACAAUUAGCAUCGGGUCAAAUUGUUUCUGUGCGACGAAUAAAAAGUACGGCAUUGGAAAAAUGUUGCCCACAGCCAUCAUAUUCAAAUCUGAAACCUCAUCCAUCCAGCGUGGAAACUAUAAAUGGUCGACUCUUGCGCAAUCAAGUAAAUCGUUGUAAUAACCAGCAUUCAAUUCUACCGGCUCCAAGUAAAUCGUUAGUUAGGAAUCAACAUCUGAAUUUUUUCCCAAAGGGAACGAAUGGAAAAUCACAAGCAACGAUCGCGGAAAUUGUGGAUGAAAAAAGCUUAAACGAAGGCUUUAUAAUUACAUCGGAAAGUGACGAUGAUGCACAAUCGUCCAAUGAUGAUAAUAAUGAGGACGACGACGAAGAUGACGAAGGGGAUGAUGAUGAUGAUAAUGAUGAUGAUGAUGAUGAUGAAAAUAAUUUUACAAUCAAAAACACCCUUUCAUCGAAGACGAAAUCAUUGUCAUUCACAGAUAGAAGGCACCAAAAGAAAACAGCUGAUAGCAGCUCCAAUUCAGUGAUGAAACAUUCUAGUGAGUUGGAAAUCGAUCGUCCCAGAACACAUUCAACAGAUUCAGAGAAUGAGGUAAAUAACGGAUCUCAAUCUCCAUUACUUGACAUCAGACCUCGACAAAUGGUUUUCAAUUCAAACUCAUCGCAAAAUGAAUGUGAUAGAAUGACAACAAACGCGAAACAUGAAAAAAAAUCAGAAGAAAAAAUUGUAGAUCAUAAUGUUGAAGAAGGAGCAGUAGUUGGAAUAAAUCCUAUAUCAAUGAGUGUAGCUAAAAGUGAAGAUUCUGGUUGUCCAGACACUAGUGAUUGUGAACAAACUAGUGCAAGUUCUAAGGACAUGCUAUUGUCAAAAAAGAAUAAAUCGUCAGAAUGCGAGGGGUUGGAAAACUGGCAUGACUUCAAUAUGGAUGCGAAUACAAUUUCAGUUGAAGUAACCGACAGAGGGGAAAGUCUUUCGAAUGUGACAAUAGAAACAACCAAUAAAGAAGUACAAUCGACAAAAGAUGUAUCAAAAAGUUUAGGUGCAAUACCAAAGACGAGUUUCUCAAGAUAUGAAACGGCAAAAAGUGAUCCAAAAAAUCUUAAUAGUGAUGGUGACAAUUAUCGUGACCGUAUUUUUGAAGAUAAUAGAGAAAAUGCAAAUGAUAAUACGCUGAGUAAUGAUUCGUCGGCUAAUUCCGCUAAUUCCCUCAGCGGUGGAAGCUGCAAUUCUUCAAAUUCAUUGAACAAGAAUGUUUUACAAAUCAUGCAACAAACUGAAGAUGGACAAUUUUUUUUGCAAUGUGCAUCGCCAUCCAAUCCAUAUUUAGUUGCACAACGGGGUCUACCUUCGUUGUUGCCCGUCUAUAAUACUCGUCCUGAGAAUGCUUUUCCAAUAUCAAGAAAACCUUACCUAUAUCUUCACCAACAACGUCAGUAUCAUCCAAAAAUGCGUUCUGCGCGUAAUCGUAUGCAAAAUUCAUCAAUUGAUACAACUGCAAGUAGCCGAGUAGACGAAGAUGAUUCAUCUAUGUCAGGAGCAGCUGGUGGAAGCGGAAGUAUUGGAGUUGGAAGUGGAUGGGAUGUAAAAAUUUCGGAACGGCUCAGUACACUUUUCUUUCCUGAACUAAAUGAAAAUCAAACAAAUGGCACACAAUCAACACAAAGAUCAACGAUCAAUCGAAUGACAUUUGCCGAUUCCAUGUUCUGGGGUCAUUGUAACUUACCUAUUGAGAAAAAAGUUCAGCCCAAGCGUUAUUACAAAUUUCCAAUAAAAUGUUUUCAGCGUGAAAUUAAAAUAUCUAUGGAUCGAUUGCAAUUGUUGGCACUAUUUGAUCGUGACUAUGGAACUUUUCCAACUAUAGCAUCAAUUUUAGUCGGUGUUUGUUGUUCAAUAUUGGGUGCCAUUGUUCUUCAAUUCGAUUUUUAUAAAGACAUUUUCGCAUUCAUCUUUUGUUUUGUGAUGGCAGGAAGCCAAUAUUCAUUGUUGAAGAGUGUGCAACCCGAUGCAUCUUCUAGUACACAUGGCGACACGUGCCCGCGAUAUUCUCGGCCCAUUUAUUUUUGUAUAUGUACAUCAAUAUUGAUAUUGUCACAUCAUUUAACAACAAUUUCGACAAAAGAUGCAAAUUUUAUGCUAUUCGGAAUACCAUUUUCUUCACAAGAUUUAUUCUAUUUUAUCCAGGAAUGUAUGUCGAAAAUUUUACUUUUAUUUCCGAUUCUCUUCAGUUUUGGCUUAUUUGCGCAAGUCAAUACAUUUUUAAUGUACGUAUUGGAGCAAUUUGAUAUGCACUUGUUUGGAGGGAAUGCUGUGUGCAGUUUGAUAUCAGCAUUCUUUGGAAUAUUUAGAUCAAUAUUGUCAUUUUGUUUUUUAUACGGAUUCGCCUUUGGAGGUUUAUCGGAACGAUCAACACAACACGUUUUGUUUAGUUGCUUUUGCGCAUUACUAUGCGCUACUGCAUAUCAUUUAUCACGUAGUGCUAGUGAUUGUACGUAUUUAUGGAUGAUAAUCAAAUCUAGCUUUAUUAUUCAUCAUAAUGAAGAUGAAGAAUUACGAAGAACCACAAAACUCAGCAAAAGUGAUAAAGAAAAACUCAGCAGUAAAAAGAACGAAAAUUGUAAAAUCGAAGGAAAUCAAACGGAUAACAAAGAAAUUAGAAAAGAGUCUAGCGAAUCAGUUGUUAUUAAUUCUGGUUAUGAGUCGGAACAAAAAGCAAACCUGAUGCCAGAAAAUGCAGAAAUCUUAGAAAAAGAUGAGCUAGAAGAUCCAUUACCAAAAAAACUUAAAAACACUGUAAAUUCGCGUCUUAAAAAUGAUUUGCUGAUUGUAUCUGUGGUCAGUUUUAUUGUCCUGAGUUUGCAUAGUAGUACAGUUUUUACAGCACUUCAGCCUGAAUUGAAUCCAAUUCUACAAAGUUUCGUCAUAGUUCUUGGAUUUCUUCUACAUUAUCUCAUUCCACAAAUGCGAAAGUAUUUACCUUGGCUUUGUUUUGCAAAACCUAUAUUAAAACAAAAAGAGUAUGGAAUGUAUGAAACGAGUGAAGCAGCAAAGGUGAUGUGGUUUGAAAAAUUAUUCGUGUAUUUAACAUUUGUUGAGAAAAAUAUUUUAUUACCACUAAUAUUUAUAAGUGCACUUACAUCCGACUCAAUGCGAAUUGUACAAAAAUUUGGCGUAUCUAUUGGUUCAGCUAUUGUUGUCUUAUGUGGACUGAAAAGUGUACGAAAUUCAUACUCUGAUCCAUCGAGUCAAUACAUCAUCAUCUUAUUUACUGUACUAUUUUUCGGAAAAGAUUUUAGUUCAGCGAGUGAAACCUUUUUAAUUGACUAUUUUGUUGUUUCAAUCGUAUUCAAAAAGACGUGCGAAUUUCUUCUUAAGCUACAAUUUAUUGUGACAUAUAUAGCCCCAUGGCAAAUAACUUGGGGUUCCGCUUUUCAUGCUUUCGCGCAACCGUUCUCCGUUCCACACUCAGCAAUGCUGUUUCUACAAGCAGUGAUUAGCUCGAUUUUAUCAACCCCAUUGAUUCCAUUUUUGGGAUCCGCAAUAUUUUUAACAUCUUACACAAGGCCCAUAAAAUUCUGGGAACGUGAUUACAAUACAAAAAGAAUCGAUCAUUCAAAUACUCGUUUAAGUUCACAUUUGGAGCGAGAUCUUGGAGCUGACGAUAACAAUUUAAAUAGCAUUUUCUAUGAACACUUAACACGAUCUCUACAACAUUCGUUAUGUGGAGAUUUAGUUUUGGGUCGUUGGGGAAACGUGAGCCAAGGCGAUUGUUUUGUUUUGGCCUCUGACUAUUUGAAUUGUUUGGUGCACAUUAUAGAAAUUGGAAAUAAUUUGUGCACGUUUCAAAUAAGAGGUCUUGAAUUUCGUGGUACAUAUUGUCAACAACGUGAAGUUGAAGCCAUUUCAGAAGGUGUUGGAGAGAAUGAUGGAUGCUGUUGUUGUUCUCCGGGUCACAUACCAAAUUGUUUGAGCAUAAAUGCAAUGUUCAGCACAAGAUGGUUGGCUUGGCAAGUAGUUGCUUCUCAAUACAUACUCGAAGGCUAUUCAAUUUCAGACAACUUGGCACAAGCAACACUACAAGUUUAUGAAUUUCGAAAAGUUCUUAUUACUUACUACAUUAAGGCUGUUAUCUAUUAUACAAUUCGAUCUCCAAAACUUUAUAGUUGGUUAUCUUCCCCAGCAAUAGAGGAGGCAUUACAAGCGACACAGGAUAGAUCAUUUGUUGAUUUAGAUCCAAUUUUCAAUCACAAUUUAGAUGAAGACUUUGAUUUUCGAGCGUCUGGUAUCACAAGAUCUAGUUUUUGUACUAUUUAUUUCGAUUGGAUUCAAUUUUGCUAUGAAAAGCGACUUGAAGCACACAAACCAAAGCAUUCAGAGAAACAAGCUGAGCACCAAAAAUCAAAAGUUAAAAGUCAAUCACAAAGUCUACAUCAUAGCCAACCUGAAAAUUUGGAAAGUACGUCGAACGCGUCCCCGCGUACAUCAAAAUCUGAUAAAAACUGCGAAAGCAAAGAGCAGACAACACAACCAAGCGAAAUAACACAAAAAUCGACUUUGAUUUCAUUAUUGUUGGCUUUGAGUCUGUUGGCCCGCCGCACGUUGGCGACUGCGACUCAUACACAUAGUUCAUUAUCUGGCGUUGAAUUUUUUUUGCAUGGACUACAUGCUCUAUUCAAAGGUGAUUAUCGCAUCACAUCAGUUCGAGAUGAAUGGAUUUUUUUCGAUAUGGAUUUAUUGCAUCAGGUGAUUGCACCGAGUGUCAAGAUGUCAUUGAAACUGCACCAAGAUCACUUCCUUAGCCCAGAAGAGUAUGAGGAUCAGGCUACGCUUUAUAAUGCAAUAACAACACAUACAAAUGAAUUAGUUAUAUCACAUGAAGCUGACCCACUUUGGAGAAAUGCGAUUUUACGUGGCGCUCCACAGUUACUCGCUCUUCGUCAUAUUUUAGAAGAAGGUUCUGAUGAAUAUCGUUUAAUUCGUCUCAGUAAGCGAUAUUUGAGUUUUCGUGUGAUAAAAUUAAAUCGUGAAUGCGUACGUGGUUUGUGGGCCGGUCAACAACAAGAACUUAUUUAUUUACGUAACCGUAAUCCAGAACGAGGAAGUAUACAGAAUGCAAAACAAGCCUUACGAAAUAUUAUAAACAGUUCGUGUGACAAUCCUAUUGGUUAUCCCAUUUAUGUUUCACCAUUAACAACUUCAUAUGCUGAGACACAUGAACAGUUGUGCCAAAUCACAGGAGGUGCAAUAACAUUUGACAAAAUUAAAAAUAUAGCCUGGAGAUUUUGUGAACAUGUACGUCAGCGAUUCACCGAUAGCUGUUCUAGUGGUUCAGCAACUGUUGAUACAGAAAUGGGUGAUAUCGGUGUUUACUAUGCACCAACUAAUACAACAAAUAACACCAUGUCAGCUAAUACAGGAACUUUAUCCUAUGGAAGUCAAAGCCUUUCUCUUUCUGCUGGUAAUCGUGGAAGUAUGGCUAGUAUGGGAAAUUUUGGAAAACCAAAUAACUCAACUUUACUUGCUGGAUUUUUAAAUCGUGAACGUGAACAAGAAAGAGAGAGUGUAAAUUCAGAUCGUUCUGCUGUCGGUGUAUAUAGAAAACGAAGUACAAUUACUAAAUCAGAACAAGAUCGUCGAGCGACAUUCCCAAGCAGUAGCCCAGAAAAUUUGGGAACAUCAUUAUCAGGUAUUAAACCAGUAAACAUUAGUCCAGAGACAUCAAUUAUGAGUGCUUUGUCGUCACCAAAUCCAAUGAGCUCAAGAGCAUAUCGACCAAAUAGCUCAUUUUCAUCGGGAAAUUUAAGCCGCAACACAAAUCACAAAUCACUGAUCAUAGCAGAGCGCAAAUCAAAGUCCGAAGAGCGUCAAAGCAACAACGAUGCUUUUGAUGUCACAAUGGCUGAAACAAAAGGAGUUUUACUUAGCACAUCAAUAUCACUACCAUCAACUACUCACACAUCUGCUAUUCUUUUGGAUACUCUACCAAAAUUUUCGAAUGCGUCAACUAGUUUAAUGACUUCAUCUAGUAGUAGUUCAAUCUUGCCGAGUCCACCAAAAAUUCCACUUAAUCGCAAAGUAAAAAUUAUCAACUCUUUGGAAAUAUACGAUUGCUUAGAUUUGGGAAGAAGAAUUGACGUACUAUGGCCGAGUGAAUGUAUGCGAUUAGCAGGUGGUAGAUCGUCAUGGAAAAAAUCCUCAUGGGAACCGACAGAGGGCAUGGUAGGAUAUAUAGUGCACUUUUGGCAACCUCAACACGUUGACAAACGAUUUCGCUCCAAUUUCAAUCGAACGCUAUUUUUGGUUCAGAUUGGUGAGCAUUUUGUUCCAGUCGGCGAAAAUGGAAUUGAAGAAUAUAAUUCCAAAUGUAUUCGAAAUGCAUCAACAUUCGAAGUUAAGCUACCAACAGAAAAUGAAAACGAUUCAGAUACAAAUCUAGAUGAAAUCGAUAAAAGUGAUGAAAAAGACUAAAAGUUUUGAAAAAAUGUCAAAAUACUUCAACGAACAAAAUUAAAGCAUUUAUUUUUAGCUUAACGAAGUCAUUUCCCGAAGAUAAUUAUUUGAAUCUGAAAUGUUAAUAAAAAUAAAAACCUACAAAACUGUUUUAUUUUCACUGUUUUACAGUUAUAGUAAUUUUACUUUUUCACACACUGGUGUGUAAGGGGAAAGUAUUGCAAUGGCUCAAAAUUUACCACACCUAAAAUACAUAUGUUUUUGGACAUAUUUUUUCUGAACGUUUCCGAGGUCAGAGAACCCAAAUAGGCCUAUGAGAAAGAAUCCAAUUUUCUUCCAAAAGUAGUUAUGUGUACUCAAAAAUAUGUAUUGGGCACAAGAAAAAUUCCGAAUCUGAUAUUAGUUUUGCGAUACAAAUAGUUUUCGACACACUAUUCACAUA